AUGCUGGGAGGCGCUGGACUGAAAGGCCGAGGCGCAAUGCCGGCCAUGGCACGCCAACGGGUCGCCGGUUACUCUCGUUCGGUUUGUUCCGUCGCAAUGUCCUCGCUCCGUUCGCGACCCGCGAGCCUCUCGUCAGUCCGGAUCGGAGGGCUUCAUCGGUCUCUAAAUGCCUCCCCGUCGCUCCGUUCCGCCUGGGCCAUCCCCGGGGUGUCGGCCGCGCGAUUCAACUCCACUUCGUCCACCCCCCCGACCAGCGGCGCUGCAGCGACCCCGACGGAUCUCCCAGAUGUCCCAGCGAAUGGGACUGACGUCGCCGACCUAUCGGCCCUCGACAUCAACUCGAUCCCCGAGAAGAUUGGGUACCUGAAGGAUCUGGGGCUGGACUUCGGCUGGGGCCCGUCCGCGAUGAUCGAGUACUUGAUCGAGCAUAUUCACAUCUGGUCCGGCCUGCCGUGGUGGGCCAGUAUCGUGGGAACCGGCCUGUUGAUCCGUCUGGCCCUCCUCAAACCCAUGUUCGGCGCGGCGGACACCUCCGCUAAGAUCAAUAACGUAAAGCACAUCACGACCCCUCUUCGCGCCGAUAUGAUCAAACACACCCGUGACGGCAACACGUCCGCCGCGGCGAAAGCCCGGGUGGAUAUGACUGAGUUGCACCGCGAACACGGAAUCAAGCCCUGGAAAUCGUUCGUCCCGUUCCUCCAGAUUCCCUUUGGAAUCGGCUGCUUCCGCGUGGUUCGCGGCAUGUCGGAGCUGCCGGUGCCUGGGCUGGCCGCGGAGUCGGUGGCCUGGUUGCAGGAUCUGACGGUGGCUGAUCCGUUCUACAUCCUCCCCGCGAUUUCGUCCAUCGCGAUGUACCUCAGCAUGAAGAAAGGAGGAGAGAAUGGCAUGCAGGAAAUGCAGAACUCGGCAUUUGGGAAAAUCUUCUUCUACGGCAUGCCCGCCAUCUCUUUCGCCUUCAUGGCUUUCUUCCCCAGUGCGCUCCAGCUCUACUUCACCGCAACGAGUAUUUUCGCCCUGGGCCAAGCCCACCUGAUGAACUCCAAGUCCUUCCGAAAGGCAAUGAACAUCGCCCUGCCUAACCCGCCGACAGAGGCAGACCGGGCCGAGCAAGCCCAAAAGAUCCGCAUGCUGACCGAGCUCCUGAACAAGAAGCCCGAGCCGGCCGUGUCGGCAGCAGCAGCGGAGAAAGACAAGGGGCCCUUCAUGGCGAGGCUCCAGAAGGAGUUCCACUCCAAGAUGGACGAGAUCCGCGGCUCGGCCCCGAAGACCAACGCCGACGGGUCCCCCGCGGAAGCGCCCCGGCUGAGCGAGAAGGACCGCGAGCUGGCGAACAACUACGAGAAGCGACGACGGGAGGAGGAGGAGUGGAAGCGCGAGGAGCGCAACCAUGCGCGCCGCGCGGCGCACCUGCGGACGCUUGAGCAGGAGCGUGAGCGGGCCCGGACGGCUUGGAAGAGCGCGGCUGCUGCUUCUUCCCCCGCGAAGAAGCAGUGAGAGGCACUGAUUGGGCGAUGAGUAGAGGUGGGAGUUUGGGAUUCCUUCAGCUUGUACUAUAUGACAUCUUCCUCGCAUUGUUGGUUUACGAUAGGUAUAUUAGGUCAUAGAUUGGCUGUAUUGCAC